GAGAUUUUUAUUUCAAUGGUGAGAGCUCAAAAACCCAGACCGGUUCCUUUGGCCCAGUCUGUAGGCUCCUCCCUCCUGUGGGCUGUAGGCGGGCCCUGGACCCCUCUCCUCUCUGCAGUAAAUUCUCCGGCUCCUGUCCGGGUGCAGCACACUGCAGUCUCCAUCAGUCCUCCACCCAGCGCUCUCCUUGCAGGUGGGAAAUAUACACACAGGAGCGUCACAAUGACUGUCAUCACAGGCAUAGCUGUUUUGGCCUUUGUGGUUUCGAUUGAAGGCAGUGUUGGACCAAGCACUAACACCAGCUUCUGCACCGAGUCUAGGGAGUGUCUGCAAUAUGAGCUGGUCUGCAAAACAGACGAGUAUGAAGUGCGACACAUCAGCCCCACUCGCUGGGUGUCAACAGAUGCUGAAGCCUAUUUCAUGGGAGUGGGUGCAGCCAUGGCUUUCAGGAGACUGUUCCAGUAUAUCAACGGAGCAAAUGAGGAAGGUGUGACGAUGGAGAUGACUGCCCCUGUCCUGGUAAAGGUCCCAGAGGAAACCAAGUUGUGGGAGCCAGCCGUCUACACGCUCAGCUUCCUGCUGCCGGCUGCCAAUCAGGACAAACCGCCUGCACCCACUAAUGACAAGCUGUAUUUUACCGAGAUGCCGGAGAUAGACAUGUAUGUGAGGAGCUACGGAGGCUGGAUGCUGUCAGUCACCUCCAGGCAUCACUCUCACCAGCUGACCAAAGAGCUGGAGAGAGUGCACGCGUCCUACAACCAAAGUUUUCACUAUGGAGUUGGUUAUGACAGUCCCUUGAAGCUGCUGAACAGGCAUAACGAGGUGUGGUAUGUGGCUGAAGGUGAACCGGUUUGCACAGAUCCACAGGAACCCACUCCUGCACACACUUCCCGGCCCACACCAACCCUCUUGCCUGCAGACUCCCCAUCAGAAAUGCUGUCUGAUUCAGCUUACCUCACUCCAUCUAACCUGUCCUCAAAUACAACCUUUAACUCCUCCUCACUGCUGUCCUCUGACCCUUCAGCCGUCCUCCCGUCUGAAACACCGGCACACAAUUUGUCCGACCUUCACACAGAGGCCACAUUCAGUCAGCCCCCGUCCUCCGUUCUGAUCUCACAGGACCCGACGACAACCAACACAUCCGGGCCAGCCUCUGUGAACCCAUCACUGGAGCUGGAGCACGAUGCUGGUGUGUGGAACAUCACAACCAGCAGCUCUGUGGACACACAAGCUGACCCUAACACUGAGGUCCAAGAUGAUGUCCAUUAGCAACAAUGAAGCUAUCACAUAUGGUAUUAGAUAUAUAGAAAUGAUGCACUCUUUGUUUUCUCUUGUUUUCUUUUCAGUAUGCAACCUGUUCUCAUUGUACCACAGCUUUGCCUCCUGCUCAACCCAACGUAUCUCCAUUCACUUUGUCACUCUGAAGUUAUCUAACUGCUGCAUUAUAAACUGAUUAUCAUAACUGUUAAAAUAUAUUAGUCAAAUGUAAGUGUUAGGAUUUUAAUGGUAAUCUGCUUUAAACUGAUAAAUACAAUGCCAGGAUUUACCGCAAUAGACCAUUAUAUCUGUAGAAUUGUCCUGAUGUGGAGUUCGACAUCACUGAAACUUUCUGUGCAGCUUCAGCUUUCUCCGACCUCCUACCUUCUUCUUCUGCUGUACGUGUGCCGACAAAUUGGUACAGUCACGGUAAAAUCAGCGAGCAUGUUCAACGGGAUCUUUGCUGCAGAGAUAAAUAAUUAUACUAAAGGUUAAACUUUCCAAACUUAUCAGUAGUAGUAAAAAUAUUAUUAAUAAUCAGUAAUAAUCAGUAAUAUUAUUACUGAUAAGUAGUAAUUAUUACUGAUUAUUACUUAUCAGUAAUAAUAUUUUUUUCCUGCAUUGUGUCAUUUAAAUUGUGAAAUGAAGUAAGCAACUGCUUAGGGCCCCAAAACCAACAGGAGAGUUCUUGAAUUCUCACACAACAUUGGAAAUGUUUAGCUAUUUAAUAUUUGUUUUCUCUUAAUUCAGGGAAAAAAUGUAUAAUAUCAAUACAUUUUCUAGCCAAUUUUAGACCACUUCAUGCUAUUAUUUAAAUUCUUCAAUAUUUCAAAAUGUGUAACAUUAGGCUAAUCAAUGGAAAUUGAAAGAAACCUGUGAUCACUGGAAUUGUCAACAUCUUUAGCUCACAGAACGACUUUCCAGUGAGGUAGAAAAACGCCACAAAGAAUAAUAUAAAUGUUUUCAAAACUGUAUUAUUGUUGCAAGAUGCUUUAAUAUUUCUGAAAACUGAGCAUGGUUAAAAGAACACAACACAAGUUACCUUUAAUCUGGCUUUCACACAGCAAUUUUGGUUUACAUCACUCUUCUUUAAAUAAAGCUUUUCUCAAAUCUUUUUGCACUUAUGUACAUGACUUGAGCUGACUAAGGUGUUAUAAUUAAACUGGCACUGUUCUUGAAACAAAUUAAAAUAAAUGUGUAAUCGUGUUAAUGUGUUAAGACUGCAGCAAAGAUCCCAAAGAAUCAUGCGUCAAACCAAUACAAUAAAAUGUACGUAUAUAAAUUUAAAAAAAAUAGUAAUGCAUUUCAGAACUAUGUGAUAAAUCUGAGGAAGCCACAAUAAAACAAAACACUCUUGAUGAAAA